AUGCGGGCAUGUGGCCGAGUCCAAGCCUCGGCGUCCAUGUCCUACAACGAACGGCAUCCAAUCCUGUUGCCACCCGCAUGUCUCCUGGUUCGCCUGCUGGUUCGAUUCACUCAUCAUAUAUCGCUACAUGGUGGGAGCCAGCUGGUCAUUCGCCUUAUCCGGGCAACAUACUGGAUCCCUCGACUACGUCACGUAGUGAGGGCAGUGAUUAAUUCUUGUAAGGUCUGCGUCCUCCAUCGUAAACGACUCCAAACCCAACUAAUGGGCGACCUUCCUGCAUCACGAGUCACAUUCUCCAGACCGUUCACAUACACCGGAGUUGACUUUGCCGGCCCCUUCGACGUUAAAAGCUUCACAGGUCGCGCCUGUCGCAUCUCAAAGGGGUAUGUGUGCGUGUUCGUCUGCUUUUCCACGAAGGCCAUCCACUUAGAGGCCACGUCCGACUUAUGCACCGAAACCUUCCUAGCCGCCUUCGCUCGUUUCGUGGCGAGACGAGGGUGUCCUCAUGAAGUUCAAUCCGACAACGGAAGGAAUUUUGCCGGCGCGUCCCGCUCUCUGGCUGUGGAUCUUCUCGAGGCACUUCGCACUCGGACUUCUGCGGUGUACAGCCAGCAGGGGCUAUCGUGGCGGUUUAUCCCUCCCCGAGCCCCACAUGGCUUGUGGGAAGCAGGUGUGAAGAGCUUCAAGGCUCUGUUCCAACGGUCGAUGUACCUCGUGGUGAUCAAGGAGGAGAACAUCCCCGCUCAGGAAUGGCGUCUCGGCCGUGUGCAGAACGCGUAUCCUGGAGCCGAUGAUAAGGUCCGUGUGGUAGACCUACUCAAGGCCCGCGGCCUUAUCAAGAGACCGAUCACGAAGGUGGUUCUGCUGCCUAUGGAAUCGGAUGUCCUGUCCACCUACUCGCGCGGAGGCUCCGAUUCAUAA